AUGAUGACACAUGAAUCUGUCAACUUGAGGUUUGAUGCGCCUUUCUUUAUAGAUCGAAUAGUAGAGGUCUGGAGCCUUCUUUUGAAUGCCAGAGCGAGAGGCAACGUAAAGGACGAAAUGGACAGAUCUCUGUUGCAUUUGCUAAUGACAUUCUUGGAGACCGGAAUUAUUCCCCCUCCUAUAUGCCGUGAGUUGAUUUGCACUGGCCUAACGCUCUUGCAGGAUGGGGGUCUUGAAGUCAACGCCAGAGAUGCCGAAGGGAACACCCCGUUACACUGCUGGGCAAACCUAUCAAAUGAAAUAAAUAGUGAUGACUUGAUUCAAAUCGGAAAUAAACUAGUUCUUCAUGGUGGCGCUGUUAAUGCAAGAAAUGACAAAGGCGAAACUCCACUUCAUUUUUCAAAGAGUUGGGAGCAAGUGGAUUUCUUCAUCCAGAAAGGUGCAGAGGCGGACGCACAAGAUCUUUAUGGAAACAAUCCUUUUCUCAACUUCAUUGAGAGAGGUUCAUUAAUUACACAUCAUGUCGAGGAAGACCGAUGGAGAAGAUGUCUUGCAUCCGGAAUGAAUCCUUUUAGUACAAACUAUGACGGCAGGUGCUUUUUUGAUGUUUUGUUAGAAAAACAGUUUUUCAAGAGCGCACUGAAUCUAUUGAAGGUGAUAUUCGAAAGCGACGUAAAUGAACAUUUAAGAAAAACUGCCCGGGAUCAUCGAAAUCGGAGUGGAAACUCGUUACUUCACAUUGCUUGUGUUGUAGAGAACACAAAUGCUUCACUGAUCUGUGAUUAUUUGCUGCGAAAUGGAUGGAUCGCUAACUUAAAAAACACGUACGACCAAACACCGUUGCUUUUGGCAUGCAAAAAUGUGAAAAGCCUUAAUUCUGUGCUUUCAAAAAACAUCCUUUUACUCCGACGGUACCAUGCUGACAAAAGCAUUCCAGAUUGUCAGGGAAGCACAUGUGAAGCUUUGCUCCGCCGGGAUCUCUGCGUCCUGUUAUAUCAAGAAGUUACGAGAGUUAGCCUUUCCAACCAGUUAAAAUGGAUUCAGCAAUCUGUCAACCAUCACUGUGCGCUAGCAGAAGUUGCACUUGGUUCAAAAGCUCGAAAAGUCGAUAACUUCUACCACCACGAGAAUUGCAUAGGAGCAGGCUCUUUUGGAUUGGUAUUUCCCGGUCUGAAUGAAAAAGAUGGCAGAGAGGUAGCCAUAAAACGACUAGAAAAGGCAAGACUGGAGCAAAGAGGAACCGUGCUUGAAAGAGAGAUUAAAUGCUUGCAGGAACUCUCUGAUUGCUCUUUUGUACUCAAUUACAUCUCAUGUGCCAGCGAUGAAAAUUUUCAGUACCUAGUAGUUGAGCUCAUGGAGGGCUCUUUGGAUGAUUACCUCCCAAAUAAUGAAGUAUGCGAAGAGGCUUUCACGAUUUGUUUGAACAUUGGUAAUGGUUUAGAGUUUCUACACAAUAGAAAUGUUCUUCACAGGGAUCUAAAACCUCAAAACAUUUUGUACAAAACGCAGCCAGAGUUUGUUGUUAAAAUAAGCGAUUUUGGAAUCAGUAAAAUAUUGCACGGCGUACAAAGUGGUGCUCUAAGUGAGACGGUCUUGAAUUCAAGGGUAGGUACAAGAUGCUGGAUGGCUCCUGAACUCCUAACCAAGAAGUCAAAAGAUCACAGCGAAGCAUCAGACAUUUUCAGCUGUGGUCUCAUUUUUCAUUAUGUCCUUGCGAUGAAGAAACAUCCUUUUGGAUCGUAUUCUGAUGAAUCAUUGGCAGAAAUCAAUCCUCAAGAAACUGAAAGAAACAUAACCAGUAAUCAACAAAGUUUCUGUGAAUCUCUCGCACCGGAGGCUAACAAUCUUCUAACGCACAUGCUUCUGCCUAAACCAAAACGACGGCCGUCUGCCUCUUCCCUGCAGAAUUUUCCUUUCUUCUGGGAUAAUCGUAAGAAAGUCGAAUUUCUCACGAUUGUUGGAAAUCAGAAGGAAUUCGAGGAACCCAGAGCAAUUCUGUCUCGCCCUUUAUCCGUGGUGGAACAGAACUUAGAAAAACUUUACCUAGAGUGCUUAGAAGGAGCCUCUGAAGAUUGGGAGACUGCCAUACAGGAUGUUUAUGACGAAGUGACAGGAAUGUAUAAAUAUCGAAACUACAAAACCAUAUCGGCUGUUGAACUUGUUAGGUUUAUCAGAAAUUCUUAUAUCCAUUCACAUGAUCUUUCUCCUGAAGUCAAGGAUCUCUUGUGGGAAGAUUUUGUUUUUCUCAAGCGCUUUCCUUUCUUGGUGACAGUAGUUUAUAGAGCAGUUAAAGCGUGUAGUAGCUGGAGAGCGAGAAAUCAAUUGAAAAACUUUUUCUAA